AUGGCUUCUCAUGGUAAUGAAAUAAUGAAUAUGUCAAUGCAAGAAAUGAAAUUAGAUGCUUUUGAUGCUAUUCUUCGUGGUGACUGUGAUGAUGCUGUUGGGAUAUAUACAAGAAUGAUUUCAAUUGCUGGCAAUGUAGAAAAUGAUGAACUGUCUUCAUUAUUCUCAGAUCGUGCAGCUUGUCGUCUUUUAGCAAAACAAUUUCAACUUGGUUUGGAAGAUUGUGAUCGAGCAAUAUCAAUUAAUGAAAGAAAUAUAGAUGGUUAUGUACAAAAAUGGUGA